AGAGAGCGUGUCUCGUGAGGACUAUUUUGGGUCUUGCUGCAGCAUCUCCGUAAGUGGUGCAGCAGGAGACGCCGAACGAAGCCGCUAUGAGGGAGAGGAGAGCUCUUCAGCCCGCAGUGGCGAGAUGCAAACUGGUUCUUGUAGGGGAUGUACACUGUGGGAAGACUGCCAUGUUGCAAGUGUUGGCUAAAGACUGCUACCCGGAGACAUAUGUCCCCACCGUUUUUGAGAACUACACGGCGUGCUUAGAGACAGAGGAGCAGCGGGUGGAGCUCAGUCUAUGGGAUACAUCUGGAUCUCCCUACUAUGACAAUGUACGCCCUCUGUGUUACAGUGACUCGGAUGCUGUCCUGCUGUGCUUUGAUGUCAGCCGCCCUGAGACCAUGGACAGUGCUCUGAAGAAGUGGAAGACAGAAAUUUUGGACUACUGCCCAAGCACCCGUGUGUUGCUGAUUGGCUGCAAGACAGACCUUCGUACUGACCUCAGCACCUUGAUGGAGUUGUCCCAUCAAAAGCAAGCUCCCAUCUCUUAUGAACAGGGCUGUGCUGUGGCCAAGCAGCUUGGAGCAGAGACCUAUCUGGAGUGUUCAGCAUUCACGUCAGAGAAGAGCGUGCACAGCAUCUUCCGGACAGCGGCAUCUAUCUGCCUCAGCAAGGCUGGCCCCCAGCCUCCCAAGAGCCCAGCCCGAAGCUUUCCCAAGAGACUCCUCCGCUUGCCCAGCCGAUCUGAGCUCAUCUCUUCCACUUUCAAAAAAGAGAAAGCAAAAAGCUGCUCUGUCAUGUGAAGGGCUGAUCCGCUUCUGGGAACAGAGGGUAGUGGUGGUGGUAGAACAGCUGUGGACUUUGGGCCCUUCCGGUUGGCCCUUCUGGGGGCAGGGAGGGGGGCUGCCUGGCUCCCGUGGGCCAGGCCUGGAGAAUCCAGAAAGAUCAAAUUCCCCAUCCCACCACCACCACCACUCCAACUUCAGCAGGCCUGUCCAUCCUUUCCACAUUGCAAACGCUUCCCCACCAUGCAGCUGCAAUGUGCGCUUCCAGAUAGACACGAGGGGGAAAUCAGAGUUUGGCUGGACAGUGAGGGCGGAGGCUGGCCCAAGGCACGACCUGCUCGUGAAGGCCCUUGAGGGCUGGCGUUGCACCAUCUUGGACAGUAAUGGCUCCUGUGGCUGUUCCACGAGUCUGAGGGUUUCAAAAGUAUUCCUCCCCUCUUCCGACGCACAGUUAAUAAUCUCCCAUUGGCCCUAGUCCCCUUCUCCAUCUGCUUCUUGUCUCAUUUGCCUGUCUGAAGCAGGCUGAUUGCAGAUACCUGUCCCUCCCCCUCCCUUCAGGUGCCCUCCCUUUCAUCUCCUCUAGAGUGGAGGCGUCUGUGUGUCCUCUUUGUCUCCCCCAGGAGAUGACAGGGGGGUGGGUGGGAGAAGGGAGUGACUGUUUUAUAGACAUUGUCUCUUUGUGUGUGGAAGAAAUAUGGGGGAGGGAAGAGGAGGGAAAAUCUGUUAAAUGUUCAGUGUUAUUAAAAGGAAACCUUAUUUAUUAAUGAAAAAUAUAAUGCAGAUUAACAGCCUGUUCAAGGGGGUUUCGUAUUU